AUGGGCCGAAAGUGUGCGAGACCGUGCCAGGAUGUCUACCGUAGUUGCAAGCGAUGGCGAGAAGAAGAACGCUGUUCAUGGACUCGCCCCAUCUCCCCGUUCUUUACCGACAAUUGCGCGCUGUCAUGUGGACUGUGUCAGAGCAGUGGAAAAAGGUUACCCUUGACACUUCCGCCGAUUCUCGACAAUAUCGCUUGGUUUGUUGGCAGAUGGGAAUCCAAGACGACGCAAGGCGAUAAUUUCCCCGAAUCCCUCUCAGGACCAUAUCGAGAGAUCCUCGAGGUACAGAUCUCGGAUGUACCGAUGUUCGAUCGACCACCUGUGAAUAUAAGCAGGACGGCAGUGACAAUGGACGGGCGUGAUAUUUAUACGCAAGUUGGUUUUAUGACAAGUAAACCAUUUAAAGAAGAUACUGGAUUUGUUGAAUUCAACAAACCCACCCAUGGUGAUGACCUGGUCGCCAUCGAGAGCGUGGGCAAUAACGGUCAAAUGAUCAUUGAAGAAGGAAUUGUAAGGAAUAAUGCGAUCAAGUUGGAAACAAAAUUCAAGCGAUCAUUCUUUGGCGACCACACACUGUUCAAACAGGCAAAGCGAAUGUUCCUGCUUGUGAGGCCGGACAUAUUGGAAGAACGAGUUAUCAUCACAGAUAAAUUUGGAGUGACGAAGAAAUGGCUCAAAAGAUUCAAACGAACGUUCAACUAUUUGGAGGAAUUCGUACGUGAUACGGAUGUCAAUGAUAGAUCCUAA